AUGGCUAAAGAUGCAGAUCUAGACAAGCUAAUGGAAGACCUUGAUAUCACAAAUGAAGAAGAGGAGGAACUAGUAUUUGACGAGGAGUUUGAGGAGACUGGGAAUCGAUUUGAGUUGUGUGUAGUGGGAAGAUUUCUAACAGAGAAGAGUCUGAAUGUUCGAGCAAUGAAAUCUAAACUGGCGGACAUUUGGAGACCGGCUAUGGGGAUUAGUAUUAAAACUUUAACGGCGGGCCUGUAUUUGUUUCAGUUCUUUCAUAAGGAUGACAUGCAGUGGAUGAUGAACAACGGGCCUUGGACGUUUGACAAUGCCAUUCUCGUUACAAACACAAUUCCAGCCGGGGGAGACCCAACAAAAGUUCCACUGAACGAGGUAGAGUUUUGGGUGCAAAUAUAUGAUCUUCCAACUAGUUUCAUGACUGAAGCAGUAGGACGACAAUUGGGAAACUUUUUUGGAAAAUUUGUGUUGUAUGACAGUAGCAACAACUCGAGCAUAUGGAGGGAGUAUAUGAGAUUGAAGAUAAGGCUGGAUGUAAGGAUGCCAUUGAAGAGGAGGAAGAAAAUCUGUAAGCGAGACAGAACUGAGUUUGUUGUUACAUGCAAAUAUGAGAAGCUGGGUGAUUUUUGCUUUCAAUGUGGGGUUCUAUCUCAUACAGAACGAUCAUGCAAAAAAAGGUUGAACGUUGGAAUGGAGGAGGAGGGGAAAGGAUGGGGUGGGUGGCUCAGGGCUCCACCGCGCAGGGGGGUGGCGCAGGGCCGCAGCAAAUGGCUGAGGGAGGGAAAACUCGGAAGGUUGGGGCGAGAUUUCAGGGAAGGAUAA